UCAAAUUGCAAUAAAUUUCUUUUUUUAUUUAUUGUUAUUAUUUGCAACGGAUUUUGAAAAUUCACAUAAAAGACACAAAGGCAUGUUAAAUAGUGGCUAUAGAAAUGAUAUUUUUAAAUCUGUGGUCGAUAUUAGAAUGGUAUCUGAGACCUUUCAUCAAAUGGUUUUUUCGCAAAACAACGCGAUUGUGUGAAUUACAAAGAAUUUGUUAUGGAGAUACAUCAGGAGCUGCAAGAACGUGCAAUAUUGAAAAGUCUUUAAUGCUAUCACGAACACAAAAUGUAAAGGAAGUAGUUUCCUAUUUGGAUUCCACAGUUUUAGAGAAAACGUUCGUUCCAGCCAACUUUCGAGAUAUUUUAGACCCCUCUAUAUCGAUUAUAUUGAGGGUUAAAAAAAUAAACCCGAAGCUUCAUACAACCUUUGUCUCCUCCUUUAGACGAUGUUUAGAACAAAUUUGGAGUUACAGAAGUCUACUUAAUGAUGUGGAGGAUCUUCGAACACUUCAGUUUGAUAGUAACAAUGAAUUGCAUGAAGAAAAGCUGUUGAAGUUAUGGUCUCUUUUGGUGCCUGAUACACCACUAGAAAGUAGAAUAACUAAACAAUGGCAGCAUAUAGGAUUUCAGGGUGAUGAUCCCAAGACUGAUUUUCGUGGUAUGGGAAUGUUAGGACUUGACAAUCUUCUAUUUUUUGCUUCUGAGUAUCCAGAAAUAUCAAGUCAUGUUCUGAGUCAUUCACUCCAUCCUACUUAUGGCUAUACUUUUGCAAUUGUCGGUAUUAAUAUAACAUCAAUGGCUUACUAUCUUUUAAAAGAUGGGUCUGCUAAGACUUACAUGUUUAAUGCUAAGCGAUGUUUACCUAACAUAGACUUAUUUCACAGGUUUUAUUGCUAUUUAUUUUAUGAGUUUGAUAAGAUGUGGAUUGAAUCUAAACCAGAAAAUAUUAUGGAGUUUUCAAUGAUUUUUAGAAAAUUUGAAAAUGCAGUUCGCAGUGAACUAGCUGACCCUGCCUCAGUUUUUAGAAUAAAAGUUGAAGUUGACACUAUAUAAUUAUCUUUCUAGUCUUAUUUAUUAUUUGCAUCUUAAAUUUUAGUGAAAUUUACAUGUGACAUUAAGUACAAGGUAAAAUUAUCUUUACACCUAUCUAGA